AUGCACGCUGCGUCGGAGAAACCGCGGGCGGGCGCGGGCGGGCCGCCGCCCUUCCGCGGUGGAGUACUGUACUGCGACCACAGUUGUUCACUCUGUGGCCGAGCGGGUGGAUUUUUGCCACGCGUUGCCGGCGCUGGCAGCCCAGCGAGCCUCGUGUCUUACCCGGCGCUGCUGCUUCUGUUGCAGGUGACGUCUAGCGCGAGCAACGGCGUGAUCCCUGACGUCGAGGAGAUCUGGGACGAGGAGCUUCUCAAGCAGUUGCUGGAGAGUUGCUCAGAUUACGAAGGCCGGCGGAAGAUCAGAGCUAGACUGCGUACCGUCAUGGCGGAACAAAGUGCGUGCGCGAGCGUGGUGGCCGCGGCGCGGGCGGACGAGGAGGCCGCGCGGCGCGGGUCGGUGCCGGCCACCGGCUCGGGCUCCUCCACCUUGGUGUCGCACGAGGAGACGGAGCGCGGCGCCGACGGCUCCAGCGUGCACCGCACCAUCCAGCAGGGUGAGUCGCUGCUGCUGCCGCUGCUCGUGGAGCAGCUGCGCUCUUCGCUGCGCGGCGGCGACAGCCCCGCCCACCACCACCACCACCCCCACGCGCGCGCGUCGCGCGCCGCACGGCCCGGGCCCCGGCGCGCCUCGGCGUGGCCUCGGCCUGCGCGGACGACUCGGGCACCGAGUCCGGCGAACGACCUGCGCCUUCUGGCGGCGGGCCUCCCGCGACCCUCGAGGCUGCAGCGCGCACCAAGCAGGCGCAAGCUGCGCCCGCGGCCCGGCGCCCCACCCCCGCGGCGGCCGCCAGCCCGCGCCCUCCGGCGGCCUGCUGUCGAGGUGAAACGGGCGCUGGCGCGGCUGGCAGGCGUCGCUGCGCCAGGGCGGGGAGCUGGCGAGGUGGCGCUGGACGCCGAGCGCCGCGAACGCGCUCCUGCUGCUGGUGGCAGCGCCUGCAGGCGUCGCUCCAGCCUGCCCCCCGCGCCCCCCGGCCCCGCCCCCAGCCGCCAAGGCGGUCACCCGCGAGCUUGUGGAGUGCCCGCCGCACCUCGCGACGCUUUCGCCAAAACACGCCGCGCAGCGCGCGCAGCCCGCCACACGGUGGGCGUGGACGCGCGAGAGCUGGCGGCGCGGCGCCGCCUGCUGGACAGAGCAGGCGCAGCUGAGCGCGGCGGCCUCGCCCGGCCCGCCCGCCAGAACCCCGCCCCCGCCCACCGCCGUCACGCCCCCCGCGCCUCCGCCUACGCCGGCCUCGUCGCCUGCCCCGUGCGGCAAGCUGCCCCGCCGGGGGAGCUGGCACACCGGCCAGCAGGCCUCGGGGGCCGCGGGGGCUCACCCCGGCCGCAGAGGGCUUCCGCCUCCGUGCGCUUCACGCCGGCCGGCUCCAAGUCCGCCUCGCAGGCGAGGAGCGCGCCAGCCCGCCGGCCGCGGCGCCCGCCCCCGCCCCCGCCCGCCGCCCCCGCCCCCGCACGUAACGACCCCUGGCCGAGCGCGGCGGACCCUCGCGCCCGCCCGCUCGGCCCCGCUCCGACGCGCGAGCCAGCCGGACUCGCUCAGCGCUGA